AGGUGAGACACAAAGCUUAGCAUCAACAUUAAUAAAAAAUUUGGAUCAGGACCCCACUAGAAGAAGCAUCAUAGGUCAAAAAUGUGACUGUCGUGUUCAUAAGGGUGGUUUUGAAUAUGUAAUUGGACUGAGGUCUGGAGGGCUACCUGAGGCAGCCAAAUCAAAAAAAUGGGGGGAUAAGAUUGACCUUGCUGUUGCAAUGAGAGAUGUUUUACUAAAAGAAGGACUUGAAAACAAUGGAGUUGAUACAGAGAAUUUUAGGAAAAUUUUUACUCUGGGAAUGCAUAGUUAUGGAUACAAAUACAAUGUUUAUGGAAUUGACUGGAAAGCCAAGAACCUUUGGCGGUUUGGACUACUUCAAGAAACAAAAUUACCACAAAUUAUCAACCAAUUGCCAAUGAUUGAAAAGACCAUCACUUUGUUGUUGAGGGUUGAGAAAACAAUUAGUGUUGCUGAAAAAAUUAGAAAUAUAGUUACUUUUGAAAAAGCUAGGUUAUACCGCAAUCAAAGAGACUCAGGAAAUUGUAUGCCAUAUUCAAUAUGUACUGUAGGAAGGACUUCUAGAACAAGAACA